GCUUUGGGCUGGGUGAUCACAGUUCGUCUGACCACAGUCGGGCGCGGACGUCGUUCGUGUUGUGUCAACCUAACAUGCAGUGAUAUUCUAACAAAAAUGAAUUUAUUAUUCGUUGUCGUCGUUGCUGCUUGCUGCUGUCUCGUAAAUGGACAAUCAAAUUAUUGCAAUACUCCAAGCGACGACGAGGGCGAGUGCAUAUCAGUGUACAAAUGUCCGCCUCUGCUGGCCUUGAUCAGCAAGAAGGAUCGCACGAGCCAGGACGUUGACCUGCUGAAGAAGUCACAGUGCGGCUACGACGGGGAUGCACCAGCCGUUUGCUGUCCAAAAGCAACGACACCAACGCCAGAGCCGGAAGGAAGUUGCUAUACCCCUGAAGGGCAGCCUGGACAAUGCAUCAGCCUAUACUCGUGCCCCCAUCUCGCGAAUAUGCUAAAACCUCCUGUACCACCUGAGAACAUAAAAUACGUCCAGAACUCCAAGUGUGAAGGUACUGAACAGUACAGUGUAUGCUGUGGACCAAUGGGCAAUAGACAAAAGGAUGUGGUAAUCGGUAACUGUCAAGCUAGGAUGAACGCUUUCCCGCCUGAUCCUCGCACUGAGUGCUGUGGCGUAGACAGCAGAGUCGGCAACAAGAUCGUAGGUGGUAACGCGACAACGGUAGACCAGUACCCAUGGUUGGUGAUGAUUGAAUACGUCAAACAGGGCGUCACGAAGCUGCUAUGCGGAGGUGUUCUGAUCAGCGGGAAAUACGUGCUCACUGCUGGCCAUUGUGUGGCUGGACAAGUCCUGGAUGUUGGCACGCCGAAGAGAGUUCGCCUUGGUGAAUACGAUAUUGCCAAUGAGGGUCAAGAUUGCGCGCCAGUCGAAGCUAACGGCGAGGACUGUACAGAUGGUGUGACCAGAAUCGCGAUCGAGAGGGCCAUACCGCAUCCACAGUACAACCCUGUGUCCCCUCAGAAGAGGCAUGACAUAGCUUUGCUCAGACUGAAGGAGACUGCGCCAUUUACAGACUUCAUCCGUCCAAUCUGUUUGCCGACCAGAGAUUGGACGUCUCCAAGCAGGAUCCCCGCUAACUUUACGCUUUACGCCGCUGGAUGGGGAGCAGUCAGCACGAGGCAGUCGUACAGUAACGUCAAACUGCACGUCGACCUGCCCUACGUCCCACCAGAAAGGUGCCAACCGGCCUACAGUUUACCAGGCCGCAGCGUCAACUUAUGGGCGGGCCAGCUCUGCGCCGGCGGCAUCAACGGCAAGGACUCCUGCAAGGGAGACUCCGGGGGCCCCCUCAUGUACGAAGACGGCAGGACUUAUGAGGUCAUUGGUAUUGUGAGCUUCGGUCCCGUGCCCUGCGGUAUGGAGGGCAUUCCCGGAGUGUACAGCAAAGUAUACGAGUACUUAGACUGGAUAAGAAGAACUAUUACCCCUUAAUAGUAUCUUCAUUUUCAGUAAAGGAUUCGAGCGUCGACUGAUCUAAUUUGAUUUCAUUUUUGCUAUGAACUUACAAGUACAAAUAUUUUCCUUCUUUCACACGUUUCGAUACUUAAAACAACCUAUAAUAAUCGCUGGUUUCUGAAAGGAUGCUAUAUUGAUUCUGCUGUUCACCAAUAUGAUGAUAACCUAAAGUUUCACGAAUCACUGCAAAUGAAUUUGACAAAUAUUACACAGUUUUCAAAGGUACCUUUCAGAUAUUGGGGUUAAAAUUUCAAAUUAGUUCACCAACGACGUAAUUGAUAUUGUUUAAAAGACUUUCUUCUCCAUGACUCAAAUUAUGUAGCUUAGACAAAUUGUAUUUUAUGGGAAAGUGUUUGUAUUAAAAAGUCUGUAACUUUAAUAAAUUGCUCAAAUGUUCAAAUAAUUUAUGUCUCCUGUAUUUCGUCAUGCUAGCAGUAUAUUAAGGUUUAAUAUAAAUUCGAUUAACGAUUAUUGAUAUCAUUGCAAAUUAGGUCUAGCUGUUUUAUUUGUUGGUUGAAGAGAGAGAAAUAAAGUGAUUCCUAUAUUUGAAGGUACUAACACCUAAAAAGAAUAAGUGGAAUUGAAAUGUCUUAUAGAGGAGUGUGAUACAAUGUUGAUAGCUUUACCUAAUGAACAGCGGCACGGACGUUUGUAAGCAAUAUUUUGAUAUUAAAUAAUCAAGUAAAAAUCAUCAACUGUUUGCAUUUAUUUUUGCAAUUAUAAACUUUAUAACAAUAGAAAUAAAGAACACAUGUUUCUCUCUCUGGGUUUGCAUCACGCGUGAUGUUAAAGAUCUCACCGCAAUUGAGCUGGUUUUGAUCUGAAUAGUUCGUAAGUCAAACAUCGACUAUUGAGAUUAUUAAAAUUUAAAAUAAAAUAGUGUUUAUCAAAUGA